AUGAGCUACAAUCAGGGUUACGGUGGCCAACAGGGCGCUCAAGGAUACGGUGGCUACAAUCCUUACAACCAGUCCGGCAAUCCCUACGCGCAACAGGGGGGCUACAACGAAAGCCAAGGAUACAAUGAGCAAGGCGGCUACGACAGCAGGCCGCAGCCACAGCAGCAAGGCAGCAGCUACUAUGCUGAGCAGGAACAAAAUGCCGGCGGAUACGAAAUGCGGAAUAUGAAUGGUUCCGACCCGAACAGAAUCCUCAAUGAAUGCAGAGCCGUUGAUCAAGCCAUCGACGAGAUCGAGGCCGAUCUGCAACGUCUCCGAGGCCUUCAAUCGCGGUAUUUGGCCGACACAAAUACCUCGGCGCAAUCGCCGCUGCGCAUCGAAGUCGACCGAACCGGGGAAAACAUCAUGACCAAGUACAGAGGUUUGGUUAGCCGGGUCAAGAACAUCAAACAACAACCAGAGUCGGGAAACCCUCGCAAUGCUCCACAAGUUGGCAAAGUGGACCGCAGACUCAAGACGGCCAUCAACCAAUACCAACAGGUUGAGCGAGAGUUCCGAAAAGCAUCGCAAGAGCAGAUGGCAAGACAAUACCGCAUCGUUCGGCCUGACGCCUCAGAUGCCGAAGUUCGCGAAGCCGUUGAGGAUCCGAACAAUCAGCAAAUCUUCAGCUCUGCCUUGAUCCAGAGCGAUCGCCGUGGAGAGGCACAAACUGUGGCCAGAAACGUUUCGCAGCGGCACGAGGAUAUCCAAAAGAUUGAACGCCAGAUGAUUGAGCUUGCUCAACUAUUCCAAGACCUUGAGGCACUGGUCGUGCAACAGGAACCCGCAGUCACUCAGAUCGAACAGAGGGGUGAAGAGGUAACGGAGCAUGUGGCCAAGGCCAACACCGAACUCGAAGGCGCGGUUGUCAAGGCCCGAGCUGCCCGAAGAAAGAAGUGGAUAUGCUUGGGAAUUGUUUUGCUCAUCAUUAUCAUCAUCAUUGUGGUGGUUGUGGUGGUUGUCGAGAUCACCAAGAAUUAG